AUGUCCACCUCCAAAAAUCCAACCCGCACCCCCGGCACCAUCACCCACACACGCACGCAAUCCCGCGCCUCCGUCGCCGCUGGACCACCACCACCAGCAGCAACGACCGCCACGAAAUCCCGCCAACUCUCGCACCUCCACGCGCAACUCGCGCAGCUCACCGCGAAUAUGUCGGAUUUGGAGAAUUUGCUGCGUAUGACGGCCGUGCAGGCGGAGAGUAUGAAGGGGUUGGGGGGUUAUGCUGGGGGGAUGUUUAUGGCUGCUAGUAAAGUUUUGGGGGAGGAGACUGUUGGGAGGGAGGAGAAGGGGAGGGAAUGA